UUGAGUGGGAGGGAUAAAUCAGUCACACAGCCAGACCCAAGCAACCUAGGUGUUGGACUGUGAGAGCUCACAGCAGCAGCAGCAGCAGCAGCAAGGGCAGCCUACAGAGGAGGGCUUGAGAACUGAGUGGUAUUCUUCAAGCCUUCUGUGUAAAAGCUAGGUUAGGGCUGGAAAGCAAACUCAGCUGUCACUCUGCUGCAUUCCAGGCAUUCCCAAGGACUUGUAAAACAGACGGAGAAAAGCCUUGGGAGGGAAGGCAUUUGAAGAUUAAUUUUUAACAAGAGAUUUCACCUUGAAACUGGGACCAUGUUUUCUGGAUUUCAGUACAGCCUCUUUCUGUUCCUGUGCCUCACCGCAUGUCAGGAGUCUCAGGCUUCCCAGAAUUGUCUCAACAAACAGCAACUGCUGACUGCCAUUCGCCAAAUGCAGCAGUUCUUGAAGGGGCAGGAAACGCGAUUCGCAGAGGGAGUGCGCAUGGUGAAAAACCGUCUGACGGCACUGCAGAACUCUGUGACCAAAGCCGCCCCAGACCUACCAACCGUGUCCUGUCCUUCACUGGAAGCCCCUAUGGAUGGCAGAAAAUUUGGUACCAAGUACUUGGUGGACCAUGAAGUCCAUUUCACCUGUGAACCUGGUUUUCAGCUCAUUGGUUCCAGCACUCGAGUGUGUCAAGCAAAUGGCAGCUGGACUGGAGAGGAACCUCAGUGCAAAGAUGUCAGCAAAUGCUCUAGUCACCCCUGCCAGAAUGGUGGAACAUGUAUGGAAGGAGUACACCAGUACAAAUGCAUUUGUCCUCCAGACUGGACUGGAGCCAACUGCCAGUACCAGACACAAACAGCACCACCUUCAUGGAGUGUUACAAAUGACCCUGCUUUCAGUCGUAAGCCACGCUGUGCCAAAAUUGACAGGACACAGCACUGUAGCUGUGAGGCAGGUUUCCACAUGAGUGGCACAGCAGACAAUAGCAUUUGUCAAGAUGUGAAUGAAUGUGAGGUCUACAAGCUGGAUGGAGCUCCACGCCUGUGUAUGCAUAACUGCAUCAACAUUCCUGGCUCUUACCGCUGCUCCUGCCCCAGUGGAUACAACAUACUUGGUGAUGGGAAAAGCUGUGAAGAUAUAGAUGAGUGUGCCCUGUCCCAGCACAACUGCUCAAAGGGCACAACAUGCAUUAAUACUGGAGGAGGCUUCCAGUGUGUUAGCUCUGAGUGUCCUAAGUCUAGUGGCAAUGUCAGCUAUGUGAAAACAUCACCAUUCCAGUGUGAACGCAAUCCCUGCCCAAUGGACAGUAGAUCGUGUCAUCAUGCCCCAAAGACCAUCUCUUUCCACUACCUGCCUCUGCCUUCCAACCUGAUCACUCCCACCCCACUUUUCCGUAUGGCAACUGCCUCAGCUCCAGGACGGCCUGGACCUGACAGCUUGCGCUUUGGGAUUGUGGGAGGCAACAGCCGAGGGCACUUUGUGAUGCAGCGCUCAGACAGGCAGACAGGAGAGCUCAUCCUUGUACAAAGCAUGAAAGGACCCCAGACAGUAGAAGUGGACGUUGACAUGUCAGAGUACCUGGAUCGCACCUUCCAGGCCAAGCAUGUUUCCAAAAUUACUGUUUUUGUGUCUCCCUACGAGUUCUAAAGAAAGCAGCUCAUGAAAGCAAGGAAAUCAACAGCUCAUGGACUGUUCCUCCUCAUCCAUCGCUUUCUUUUAGUACAGACUCUUUUAGAAACUUCCUCUGUUUUGAACUAGUGAGCCAGCCCUGUGAGAGCACCUGUAGCCACUGAAAGGUAAUCAUACUGCAACUACUCCAAGAAACAUGAGCUUAAAAACUAGUAUCAAGCAAUGAGAUCAAUCAAAUUACUCUGGCAGUUACAGGGGUAUUUUCUGCAAUCAUCUCAUAAACUUACUCUUUUAUAGGAAGUUUUGACUUUGGAUACUUUAAAUUUUUUACCAUCUUCCAUAGAUCUAUGCUUGUAGAAACACUAACCCUAAUCAGAGGAGUAUAGCAAUGAAAGCCAGAUUCUAUCCAAUACACUAGCCUCCCUGUAGCUAAAUAUUUUUCCCUUUGGAUUUGGGAUUUUUUUUUUUUUUUGCUCAGUCUCCUGACUGGUUUUACACCCACAUAUAUGAAAAACAGCAAAUGAAGUGUGAAUGAACUCAUGUGCUCACCAGCAACAAGCAGCUGCUCCAUCACAGAAGUCUGGCAUGCUCUGGAGCAACGGGCCACACACCCAGUGGAAUUAUCAGGAAACCAUAGCAAUUUAGCAUCCUCCCCACUAACCUCCAGGAAACACAGUGCUGAGAUCUAGAUUGGAAAACACGUGCUGGUGAGUAAUCUGUGGGCAAAUGAGUGUGCUGAAGCCUUGUUUGUCCUCAUCCAGCCCCUCACAGAGAUGUCUGUUGCUUUCAGACCAGUACAGUAAUGAAGAUGUAAAUUAAAUACAGCCCUGAAGAGUUGUUUAGAAAACCAGCAUGUUGAAUCAGUAUUGCCCACAAGCAGUACUGUUUUCAGGCAUGAGCCCCUGGGAUCCAAGUCCUGUGUCUCUGUAUGAAAGGACUCCAAGACCCAUCAGCUAGUACAAAGAGAAGGCACAUGUGACGUGUGUCUCUGCAUGGGGUGCAACCUUUCAGGAGCACAACAUGGAGAGACUGCAUGCACCCAGACAUACCAACAUCCAAAUACACCAUCAUGCAAAACACUGACUAUUCCUGCCUGCACAGUCACACAAAAUCAGCACAGUAACUACCAUAGGGUUACUUGCAUAGAGGCCCCCAACUGGCACUGUGCCCACAGCCUCAAAAAUCCUUAAGACAACUAUGCUCGCAAGAGCAGAUGGCACAACCUGAACCAGUGUUGCAUAGGUUUUUCCACAACACAGCUCAGUCCUUCUGGUGAUAAUACCACUGUUGUUCUGGGCCUGGGUUUGUUUCAGCUAAGCACAGCUGACCAAGUACUUGUUCAUCCU